AUGACCGGCUGUAGUGUCAUAGCAAAAGAGAGCUGUCCACAGCAUGAGCUGCUGGCCCGUGGCCGUGUUACUGUCAGGGUGAGUGGAGAGUGCCAGCUGGUUCUGAUGACACGAGAACAGUAUAUAUUAGCAACACAACAGAACAGCCUUCCAAGGACUGAACAUCCUCAGUUUUACCCAGUAGGGAUUUAUGGAUGGCGAAAGAGGUGCUUAUACUUCUUUGUCCUUCUGCUGUUGGUUACCAUGAUUGUUAACUUAGCAAUGACAAUAUGGAUUUUGAAGGUUAUGAAUUUCACAGUGGAUGGAAUGGGAAAUUUGAGAGUCACUAAAAAAGGAAUACGACUUGAAGGAAUAUCUGAAUUUCUACUUCCACUGUACGUGAAAGAAAUCCAUUCCCGAAAGGAUAGCCCACUGGUCUUACAGUCUGACAGAAAUGUAACAGUGAAUGCAAGAAAUCACAUGGGACAGUUAACUGGACAACUGACAGUAGGAGCUGAUGCUGUGGAGGCCCAGUGUAAGAGAUUUGAAGUAAGGGCAAGUGAAGGUGGAAAAGUAUUGUUUUCUGCAGAUGAAGAUGAGAUUGUCAUUGGAGCUGACAGACUGAAAGUAACAGGCACGGAAGGGGCAGUGUUUGAGCACUCUGUGGAGACACCCCAUAUCAGAGCAGAACCUUCCCAAGACCUCAAACUUGAAUCUCCUACUAGAUCUUUGGUGAUGGAAGCACCCAGGGGAGUGCAAGUCAAUGCAGCUGCAGGAGACUUAAAGGCUACUUGUAGGAAAGAACUGCAUUUACAGUCCACAGAAGGGGAGAUAUUUUUAAACGCGGAUACAAUUCGUCUGGGAAAUCUACCAGUGGGUUCCUUUUCCUCCUCCUCCUCCUCCUCACCCAGCUCUUCAGCUCCUCGCCAGACUAUCUAUGAGCUCUGCGUCUGUCCCAAUGGUAAACUUUACCUGUCCCCAGCAGGAGCAGGCUCCACAUGUCAAUCCAGUAGCAACAUCUGCUUGUGGAGCUAG